AUGAGUAGUAUUAGUCGAUCAUUUUUUGCAAUUAAAAGUGUUCUUGGAGUCAAUAAAAAGACUAUUGACACUGAAUAUGAAAGUAUGAAAAAGAAAUUAAGUGAUAUUUCAAAUGAAUUCAAUAAAGUAAUCACAUAUGUUGAAGAACUUCCUAAAACAGUCAGCAAUAUUUCAGGAAAACAUCUAAAUGUAUUGAAUUCACUCCAUUUAUGUGUUCAAAUAUCUGAAGGAGAAGAAGAAAAGAUGAAUCAAAUCACUGAAACGAUUUCUGUUUUCCAAAAGAUGGAAAGAGAUUCAACAAGAUAUCAAAAUUUAAUGAAUGAAUUAAUAACACCAUUAAGAGCAUAUGGACAACAAUUUAAAGAACUCUUAGGAAGAUGCAAAGUUGCAGAGAAAAGAAAAGAAGAUAUGGAAUUUUAUAAUGAAAGAUUAAUGGAAAUUACAAAGAAAGCAGUAAAUCGACAAAAAGGACUUGCAGAUGCACAAACUGAUUUUACAUAUGCUAAAGAAAAAUAUGAAUGGCUUAAAGAAGAACUUAUUGAAGAUACAAAUAAAUUAUGUAAAGAUUUUCAAGGUAUUGUACUUCCUGUUGUUAGAGCAUUAAUGGUUAAUUUCACUGAAGUUAUGAAUGGAAUGAAUGAAAUUUGGGAAGAGGUUCCAAAGAAGAUUGAAAAUCUUCCUAGUAAUGGAAUUAACUUAGAAUAUGUUAUUAAAGCACCAGCUGAUUCAAUGGAAAAAGAAACAAAUGUUCAACAACGUCGAAUACAAUUAUACAAUAGUCCAAUGAUUAAUCAAACAAUUAUGUCACAACCAUACAUUCCACAACAACAAUCAUUUAAUCAAUCACAACAAAAUACUAUGCCAAAUCAAUACAUUCCACCACAACAAACUUAUCAAGUGCCAUGUGGAAAUUCUACUACUCAACCAACACCAAUAAAUCAACAACCUAAAACAAAUAAUAAUAUGUGUAGAGUUAAUUAUGAUUAUUCAGCACAAGAAACAAAUGAAUUAAGUAUUAAAACAGGAGAUAUUAUUAAAGUAUUAUCUAAAGAAGGAGAUUGGUGGAUUGGUGAAUUAAAUGGACAAACUGGUCAAUUCCCUUCAAAUUAUGUUACAUUACUUUAA